UAAAAAAUAUGUUAAUUUAACGUGUUAAAAUUUAAAAAUAAAUUUUAAUUAUGACAUGCAUUUUAACAUUUAUAUAAAUAUAAAUCAUAGCCUUAAUAUAAAUAAUUUAAUAACUUAAAUUAGAAAAAAAUAAAAAACCCGGGCGUAGCUCGGGUUAAUCCCUAGUCUUAUAUAUAAUGGGACACUUUCCUCUCUUUUGAGAGUGUCCACGUAUGCAAGUUUUUAAUGACAGUGGGCCCCGCAUCAGUUUUGGUUUCCCGGUUGACUAAUUUUAAUUUGGUUUGAUUAUACGUGUUGUGGUUUGCUUAAUACGGAGAUGAUGGGUUGGUCGGGGAUUGUUUCUGUUUGGUCUGAUUAAAUGGUAAAUCAUGUAAACGCAGCGUUUCUUACUUUUCUCGAUUAGGGCUUCAUCCUUUUCAUUCAUCCACAGUUCACCUCGCCGUCUCCGUUUUCUUAAUCUUCAGAGUUUCUUUUCUCAUCUCUUGACAUUCCUUCAAGUUCAAUGUUUUCUUUAAAUUCAGCAAUAACGAUUAAACUUUAAAUCAUUAAACUUUGUAACGAUUUCGACCUCUUCGUUACUUCUCCGUCGAAUCUAUAAAUAGGAGAUGGUUGAGAGGUGGAUGAACCUUUGCUAUCACUUUCAGUCUAUAUUUUUUUGUCGAGCGUAGAGAGAUUCUGAGAAAAUGUCUUCCUCUGAUGCCAUUGUUGCACAAGCAGCCUUCGACGUUCUCCGGCUCGGUAGAUCUGCCCAGUUCAUUGUUGCUCUUCUGCUCCGUUUCUGGGACUCCAAAAACAUCAAGAAGCAUGGUGAAUUCAUGGGAGUCACUCUACUUCUCCUUGAUGAGAAGAACUUCGUGAUCCAUGGAUUUCCUUGCUGCUCGCACCACCCACUACCGUCCAUGUUUACGAAGUGGUUCCAUCGUUAAAGUUUCACGCUUUGAACUCCCAGAUGUUGUUGGGAAAAUUCAUUUUGUCCAAGGUUCAGACCUUAAGGACGCUCAAGUGAUGACUCGAGUUGUGGUCUGCUUCGUCAUCGAACCGACUGUUGUGGUGUAUCUCUCUUUAUGGGACGAAGCUGCAGCAAUGUUUAGGGGCCUCAUCAGCUCAGGUGAUAGAACCCAGACUGUUAUGGUGGUCACAACCGUGAAUCCCAAAAAAUUUGCAAGUUUGUUAUAUAUGUUGAAAAUGUUGUUUCGCUGGUUUUGUAGACUCAUAAUACACGAAAUACUCAUUAUUUUCAGGUUUUGUAGACUUAGGAUCGUUGAGGUCUUGAAGCAUAACAACUGGUACUAUGUCUCAUGCACUGGGUGCAGCAGGAAACUAGACAAAUCAGACCAGUCUCCCCAUUGCAACCGCUGUGUUAAUCUUAACGCCACGGGUGUUGUAAAGUACCAAGUAGAAGUAUAAGUUGAUGAUGCAAAUGAUAAUGCCACUUUUGUGGUCUUCGACAGAGAAAUGCUUCAACUCACUAACCUACCUGCAGCUGCUCUUACUCUAAAUGAGGUGUGUUCUUACCUCCGACAAUUUUUCCCGAAAAUAUUACAUUGUAAAACAAUUGCCAAUCAACUCAAUUCUUACAUCCGCUGCAGAUAAAUAGUGGUGGCAGCGAGCAACUCCCACAAUGCCAUGCAAAAUUUGCUGGAAAAUAUUUUCCAAAUAUGUGUGCCCCCGUUUACUUCCCCUCUAGACAACCCCACUUUCACUGUUCAACUCUUUUCCAGACUUCCAACCCCAAGGCAGCUCCAUUUAUUGAAAGGGAAAUUGGCCAAGCAUCUGCUUCUACCAGCACCGAAGUUGAAGGUCUAAAGGAUGACACACAUCCAGAGGGAGUUAAGGAAGAAGAGGUUGGCAAUACACACACCCGUGAGUGAAGAUACGAAGCUGCCACACCGUCGACCCAACCCUGCUCCUGUUUCUUUACAAUAUCAAAUAUUACUAUGCAUUUUCUAUGUUUCACUUUUAUAUAUUUUCCUUUUUUCCAGGUUUUUUAACAAGCCUUUUACGUACCUCUUCGGAGAACAACUAUUUUAUUAAUUAAAAAGGGUUGACGUGAUUUAGUGUUUUAUGAGACAAAAUGCAACCUGUUUUAUUCACGUUGCCUUCGAUUCCGUGUUCUUCUAAAGCAUUCCUGGUACACUAGAUUUCAAUACAUUUCACCCG